UCUCUCUUCUUCUUCCUCCUCUCCUCCGCCUCUUUAUAUAGCCUCCCACCUCAUCUCCUCAUCACCUCCCAAAAAGCAGCUUGCUUGCGCUCUCUACCCACUACUCACUCGGCAGCUAACCUCUCACCUCCCUCCUCCUCCCUUCUCCAGAUACUACUUGUAGAGGGCCGGGCCGGCGAGGGAGGAGAAAGAGAGCGACUUGCUGCGUGCUUAAUUAGACGACCCUAGCUAAUUUGCAAGGCAGGCCAAGAGAGGAAAGGAAUUAGGCGAGAAGAGGAGGCGGAUUAGAGGCGAGCUUCCUAUUUUCAGCAAAGGCAAGGUGAGUAGUAGCAGUGAUGGAGUUGGGUGUAGAGUGGUGAUGGAGCACUGCAGGUUUAUCUUUAUUUCUCCUCUCUCUCAGCUCGCUCACUCGCACAUGCAUAUCCUUCCCCACUCAUCAGCAGCAAGGCUACUCAUCUCCUACGCUUAGCUUGCUUGCACAAAUUUCUCUCUAUGUCUAGGAGCUUCUCGCUGCAGAUCUACUGCCGAUCCAUCCGCUACUGAGCUCUGCCAAUCUGUAUAUGAAGCUCAUGCAUCUAACCUACUACAUCUCACACAACCCAACCCCAUGCCUGCUGCUUGCUGCUGUGCCGCCGUCGUCUCCCACCUUCUGCUUCUGCACCUGCACCUGCUUUUUAUUCUUACUUCCAAGAUCUCUACUUGGGUUUUUUUUUGCUGUAGGAGCUAGCUGCUAGGAGGAGGGAGAGAGAAAGAGGGAUCGGAGGAGGAGCUGCAAAGGCUAGCUUCUUUGGUAGUGGUGGUGGUGGUGGACUGGUGGUGCACACACUCACUCUCCCUCUCGCGCUCGUCUUGAUGGUGGGUGGUGGUGGCUGCUGUCUCGCAUGGCUGGGUUCUCUCUGAGGGGCGGAGGCGGCGGCGGAGGCGGGAGGGGCGGGGACCGGGGCGGCGAUCACCCGAUCGGUGCCGACAGCCUGUUCCUGUACGCUCGCGGGGCGGCCGCCGCGGCCGCCGACACGGCGGCCAGCGGCGGCGGCGGGGGCGGCGGGAUAGGGUUCCAGCUCUGGCACCCGCACCAGCAGGCGGCGGCGGCCGCCGCCGCGCCGCACACGUCGCAGUUCUUCUCCUCCGGCGCUGUCGCCACGGGCGUCGUGCUCGGCUUCUCCUCCCAUGACGGGGGCGCUGGAGGGAUCGGCGGACCGGGCGGCGCCGGGGGCGGCAGGGCCGGCACCAGCUGCCAGGACUGCGGCAACAACGCCAAGAAGGACUGCGCACACAUGCGCUGCCGCACCUGCUGCAGGAGCCGCGGCUUCAGCUGCCCCACGCACGUCAAGAGCACCUGGGUCCCCGCCGCCAAGCGCCGGGAGCGCCAGCAGCAGCUCGCCGCGCUCUUCCGCGGCGCCGCUAACAGCAACAGCGCCAGCGCAGCAGCAGCUGCCGCUGCCGCUGCGGCCGCGAGCAAGCGCCCGCGCGAGCUCGUCCGCUCCCUUGGCCGCUUGCCGUCCGCCAACUCCGCCAUGGUCACCACGACUACCUCCUCAGGCGACGGCGGCGGCGGGAGGUUCCCGCCGGAGCUGAACGUGGAGGCGGUGUUCCGAUGCGUGCGGAUCGGGCCGGUGGACGAGCCAGACGCGGAGCUUGCAUACCAGACGGCGGUGAGCAUCGGCGGGCACACUUUCAAGGGGAUCCUGCGCGACCACGGGCCGGCGGACGACGCGGCGGUGGGCCAGCUGCCGCCGUCCUCGGCGGAGUACCACCAGCUGACGGCGGGGCAAGCGAGGGAAGGGUCGUCGCCGGCGGGGAGCAGCGAGGCGGCGGCCACGGUGGCGACGUCGGCGGCGGUGCUGAUGGACCCGUACCCGACACCGAUCGGCGCCUUCGCCGCAGGCACCCAGUUCUUCCCUCAUAACCCUAGAACCUAGCUUAAAUUAGCUAGCUUUGCUGCUUCCAUUAUUCCUAUCGAUCCUAGUAGCUUAAUUCCUUUGAUGGUUUCAUUUACUUCUUCCAACAAAUCAAAGAUGAUGAUGAGCAUGAGCUAAGUCAUCGUCAUCGUCGUCGUCGUGAUCAGCAAACAAAUUCGAGACAAGAAGAGAAGAGAUUUUAAUUGUUACUACGUACUACUACUAUUACGUACUACGCGCAUUGAGUCGUUGAUCUAUGAACACUAAUGCAUGAUCAAUGGAGGAUAUAUAUAAUGUUGUUAGCUAGAGCUAGUAGAGUGUACUGCUACUUGUUGAGCUUGAGCAAUCUUAUUUCGAGUUCAUUAUUAAUUGGCCACCUUAAUGCAAUGCAAAGACAAGAAUUUUAAGUGUAGGUUCCUU